ACGCGUGCUCUGUUCAAGUCAGGUGCGGCAGCGAGAACCUUUCCUAUGACGUGGAUUUCGAGGCUUCUGAACCGCAGUCGCCGCAGUGUACCGGGUGUCCUCAGCCAAGGCAGUCGCGUGAUAUCACUGGGACAACGCACACGCCGGGCCGCGAGCGAAUGCACGAAUUUGUCGUUGCGAUAAAAAGACGUAAAACGACGUUCUUUUCAGCGAAAAUUGUGCUAGUCUACUCUAAGUCUUCGACUAUAACGAUCUGCGCGAGUUCGUUGUUGAACGAGCGACUUGACGGUACGUGCAUGCUGAAUUCGGCGCGACCGACUUUCUGUGUAUCGUCCAAGAUUGUCCCGAGGGUCCUUAUGGUAACCGGAAGACAAAGUGGUUACCUUCGCACUGAAUUCCAAGGGCUGAAAGGCUGGCGACGUCGUUGGAUUCAUUCGGCUAUUACCUAUAUUUAGAGAAAUCAUGAGCAAGAAUGAUACCAUCCUACAAGGAAUUGAAACGGAAUGCGAGAACAGUUGCAGAAACGAGAGAAAUAGUGAUGAAAGCAGGAAGCAUGAUAACAAUAACGAUCAAAAUGGUUCCACGAAUGCCGCGAGUAUCAGAAAGGAAAAUCCGUGCAUAGCAAAGAAGAAUCAGAGCAACUACAACCAGCAGCCGCCUGGUGCUUCGUUGGUUGGCUGGUACAAUGUAAGUCCCAUUCGGAUUUGUUCGGAUUCCAUCCCGAAGCAAAAUGAUUUACCCGACAUCAGUGAGACUAUUCUGGAUUCAACCGAUGAUACGACCGAAAGAGCAAUAGUCACGAUCGAGCCAAUCGAACCAAUGGAACGAAGCGGUGCUCCGAACAAGAUUCAAGAGGAAUCGGUCACCGAUUCUGUAUCGGUCGAUAUAAAGACGAAUCAACGAAUCAAAGAUUCCAUCGAUUCCCUGAGCAUUUCGGAACGAGAGGAUUUGUCAAGUUUUAUCACGAGAGAAGCAAAAAGCGGCGACAGGGAGAAACCGAAAGUACCUGACGGCGGUUGGGGCUGGAUAGUCGUUCUAGCUUCUCUAGUCAUUUCUAUGAUAGCCGAUGGGGUUUCCUUCAGCUUUGGCCUGCUUUAUAUCGAAUUUCUUCACGAGUUUGGGGCCUCAAAGUCCAAGACCGCCUGGAUUGGUUCGCUCUUUAUGGCUGUACCUCUCUUAUCCGGACCGAUUAUGUCCGCCCUUGUCGACCGUUAUGGAUGCAGGAACAUGACAAUUGCCGGUGGUCUGAUAUCAGGCCUGGGCUUCAUCCUCAGUAUUUUUAGUAAUACCAUCGAGAUAAUGUACUUAACUUUCGGCGUAAUCGCAGGUCUCGGUCUAGGCAUGUGCUAUGUUACCGCAGUUGUCAGUAUCGCCUUCUGGUUUGACAAGAAACGAACCCUAGCCGUAGGUCUCGGAGCGUGCGGCACUGGUAUCGGUACAUUUGUUUACGCUCCGAUGACAACGUAUUUUAUCGAGGAGUACGGAUGGCGAGGCGCUUGUUUACUUUUAGCUGGCACUUUUUUUAAUAUGAUCGUCGCGGGUACCGUUAUGAGAGAUCCAGAAUGGUGGAUUCUUGAGCAAAACAAGCAGGAUCAAGCUCUGUCGAAAAAAUCGCACGGUCACUUGGACAGAAAUUCAUCGGCUGAAUUUCCAGGCGUCGAGGAGCUCAGAAAGCUGCUUAGAAACGACCAAGCGCCUCAAUAUUUUUUACAAGAUCUAAGCACGAGCACCAAAACGAUUGAUGGCACCAAAAGGCAAACGACGAGUGUAGUUAAUUUACCAACUUUUGUGAAGCGAAGCGAAAAGGUGCCUUUAGAAGUACUGGAGUUAUUACUGUCCAAUUCUAGACUGUAUACUGUCAUUCUGGAAAAUUAUCCCAGUCUUCUGUUACACAGAAGUUUAUCCGAUAAGCAGCUGCAAGACUCGAUGGGAGAGAUUUGUAAUAAAAGCGGCGUCACGAUGUCAAUGAGGCUUAAACGAGCAACGGAAUCAAAAGCGACCGAACAAAAAAAAGAUUCGACUUCCGUUCAUGCUCCGACGAAACUCGUUUGUGCUAGAAAGAUGUCCAAGAAAGAGAUAGAGGAAACUAAUUCCUUGCUAUCAAAAGAUGUUACGCAUACGGUCGCACCGACUGAAAAAAAGAAAUCCGUGUCUAGACGCUACGUCGAACCACAGAUGAAUGUAAUCAGGACGGAUUCCAUUCCUUGGCUCAGACGACAGUUCAGCACUAAUACCCAUUAUUUCAAGGAUAUCAGAGUGCACAGAAAUUCUGUUAUGUAUCGCGGCGCUGUUCUAAAUUUGCACAAAUACAGAUUGAGAGCGAGCAGUUGUCCCGAUAUCUAUCGAAAUAGUAUGACUACUUUGGCGAAAGAGAAUGAGCAGAAAUGGUACGUCGAGUUGGUAGACUUAUUAAAGAGUAUAUUGAAUUUCUCCAUGUUUUUUGAAUUGCAUUUCCUACUGAUGUCAUUAGCAACGAUAUUGCUAUUUACAUGGUUUAUCGUACCGUACUUUUAUCUGGCGGAACAUCUGACUAGAAACAAUUACGCCGAGUCUGACGCGGCAAAUCUCCUCAGCAUCAUCGGUAUAACGAACACUAUCGGAAUGAUUGUUUUAGGCUGGGCUGGCGAUCAACCUUGGAUAAAUGUCAGCAAGACGUACACUUGGUGCCUGAUAGCAUGUGGAGUGGCUACUAUAUUAAUGACUGUAUUCACUAACCAUUACAUACUUCUAUCAAUAAGCUCGGCAGCUUUCGGCCUUUUCUUUGCCAGUAAUUUUAGUUUUACUCCCGUUAUAUUAGUGGAACUGAUACCUUUGGAAAAAUUCACUACUGCUUAUGGUCUUAGCUUAUUGUGUCAAGGAAUAGGGAAUCUUUUAGGACCUCCGCUAGCUGGUUGGUUCUUCGAUGUAACAGGUUCUUGGGAACUUUCUUUCUUUAUGGCUGGCGGUUGGAUUAUUGUCUCUGGAAUCUUGGUAGGUAUUAUACCGUAUACGAAAAAUCGUAAGAUUUUCGGUAACGGACCAGUCGAGAUGGAACGAAUAAAUGACGAUGAUUGUUUGGCAUAGAGAAUAAAAUGUACUUAUUGCGUUUAUAUAAUGUGCGCACUGACGCUAAAUAGAACAAAAUAGAACAAAUGAAUUUAAUUGCAGAAAAAAAAUUUAACAACGUAUUAAUCAAACGAAUCUCACUGCAAUGUUGAAGAUGUAGUGUACAAUUAUGGCUAUAUUCCAAAAUUUAUUGUCAGUAUUGCAAAUUUAUAAUUUAUGUUAUGUUGAUUUGAUUGAUUUUCAGUACUGACAGUAAAUUUUGGAACGUGACCUAUGUUUAUCGUACAAUAUAUUUUCUGUAAAAAAAGUAUCCAUUAAAUUUAUCAAUAUUAAUUCAAAGUAGAUCACAUCAAAUGCAAUACACAUGUGUCAAUACUUAACCUAGUCCUCGAAAUACAAUACUUUGAAAUUGCUUUGAGCUCUUUUUGCGAAUUUUUGAAGAAAACAAUGAAGGUUUUUAAGUGACUUUGGAGUGGUUUUUGGGGUUUUGGUUCAUUUUUGAAGCGCCAUGCAUAUGCUUUUCGACGGAUAUGACUCAUUUUUUGUAGCAUUUUCAACUAUGCAAGAAAUUUCAUUGACAACACAAAAUUUGAGACAAAUUCUUUGCUUGACAAAUUUAUUUAUUAAUGAAAAUCACAAAACGCUCUUGAAUUAGACUAAUGUAAACAACUGCUAUAAACAAACUGACAGAUCGUGUCCAAACUAUGCGUGGCAAUUAAGUACAGUGCUACCAGCUUGCACACAAAAAAUUUUUUCGUCACCUUCAUCAUGGAAUUUUUAAAUGACAAAUUUCAAGUACCUUUUUUACAGAAUAUAUGCAACAAAGAAAUUUUAAAUUUCCUAUUUGCACACGUACUUUUUCUCUGUACUUAACUUAUUCGUUAUUAACAAAUUCUACUUAUAUAAUAAUAAUUAUACGUUGGUUUUAAAUGUAAUAAUUUAUAUGUACGUGCGUAUAUCAAUACACGCACGACAUUUAUAAAUGUCUUUCUAAAAGCACGUCUUGCAAAAAAAUUCUAUGUAAUAGAUUUAAUUUUAAAUAAUUAAUUGAAUAAAAUAACAUGAUCAAACAAAAAA